AUGCCAAGUUCAAAGGCAUUGCCGUCCCUACUUCUUUUACCACCUCCUCCUACAACUAUCAGCACAACCUCCCUCUCCGCUGCCUAUAAACCAUCAAUAACGGCUACAAUCUCAGCUCUGAAAACUCUCUCCAUCAGUACCGAAUUGCUCGUGGUGCUGCCAUGUCCUAGCAUCCAUGAUCGACUACAAGCUCCAAGGGCAGCACUGUACGAUGAUGCCCAGCAUAUUCUCGCCGGGCUCUACAGCCUCUUUAGCAGUGUUUGCGCGAGGCUUGGGGCUGAUGUUGCAUCAGAGUCCCCGGGUUCCAUUGAUGCUCGAAUUCUAUUGUUAGACUACAGUGGAUCCCAGACGUUCCCAGACAAUUAUGCAUUUGAUCCUUUUAUCGCUGGCCCCAUCAUUGAUCUUCCCACCUUUGCAUUCACCCGAUAUUCUUGGAAUCUGAUUUUCUCGGUCGAUGGAGAGGAAGGCCAGAAACUGUUUGCCAGCUACUCAAGUCUUGCAAAGAGGACCAUGUCUCAUGUUAAAGGUCACGUGGAGAUCGUCGGAGGGGGCGUGAGUAUGGUUCGGAGAGAUCUCGAAGCUAUUCGACCACCUCCAACUUCGUCCAACGUCCAUAGUGCCGUGAUUGUUGGUGGGACAUUUGACCAUCUUCACGCUGGUCAUAAGCUCCUACUUACGGCCACGGCCCUCCUACUUCAACCAGCCAACAAAGUGUCGGCCACCAGCCGAAGAUUGAUUGUUGGCAUCACUGGGGACGAGCUCUUGAAGAACAAAAAAUAUGCGGAAUAUAUGAAAACCUGGAUACAACGGCAGGAUGACGUUGUUGACUUCUUGCUUUCAAUUCUGUCUUUUACACGCUCCCCUCGAGACGAGGCAAUUCAAACUUUAUCCUUCGACGAACCGGUUCCGAAUGGUCGAGCGAUACACACCAAACUAAAUGCGAGCUCCAUCACCAUCGAGUGUGUUGAAAUUCAAGAUCCUUUCGGGCCUACUAUUACAGAUGAGAGUGUCACCGCACUUGUUGUCUCAGGGGAAACUCGAUCGGGCGGCCAAGCGGUCAACGAUAAGAGGGGAGAAAGGGGUUGGAAACCUGUCGAUAUUUUUGAAGUUGACGUAUUGGAUGCAGAGGGGACCGAAGACGGAGAUAGCAAAGCGGAAAGUUUUGAAUCGAAAAUCAGCAGUACUGAAAUAAGAAGACGCCAGGCCGAGAAAGCUCGCAAUUCGUCGCUUUAA